AUGUCAUCAGAAUCACGAUUAGAAUGGGUGGAUUUUUGCAAAGAGCUUUUCGACAUAGAACAGUUGGAAUUUCACAGAUGUUUAAAACCCGAUAAUGCUGGUGGGGAUCCCAUGCUAGUUAUAUUUUCGGAUGGAAGUAAAUUAGUUUAUGGAACAUGUGCAUAUGUCAGAUGGGGAACAGCACACGGAGGAUUUGAAUCACGAUUAGUAACAGCAAAGAACCGUAUAGCACCAACUAAACAGAUGUCUGUUCCAAGACUGGAAUUAUGUGGAGAUGUAUUGGCACCUAGAAUUAGACAAAAGUUAGCCGAGGAGAUGGAUUACAAAUUUAGUCGUGUUAUACACAUAGUCGAUUCGAUGAUUGUUAGGGCACAAAUUCAACGAGAAAGUUAUGGAUUCGGCACAUUUGUUGCUACAAGGGUAGCACAAAUUCAAAUUUAG